UCUGCCCAAAAACCACGCCUUAAACCCUCCCUCCCUCCCUCUCUCUCUCUCUCUCUCUCUCUCUCUCUAACCAUGGCCAAGUUUUUUAACACCUACUUCACAGUCCUCCUUUGCACUUUUCUGAUCCUUUUCUCUCUACCUCUCUCGCUCUCCGACUCCUCCAUCCAUGACCUCCUUCGCUCCAAAGGCUUACCACCUGGUCUGCUCCCCAAGGAGGUCAAGUCCUACACUCUCUUAGAAAAUGGUACCCUAGAAGUCUUUCUGGAUGGGCCAUGCCUGACCAAGUUUGAGAACAGGGUGUAUUUUGACAGUGUUGUGAGGGCUAAUCUCACCUAUGGGAGUCUCAUAGGAGUGGUGGGUCUAUCCCAAGAAGAGCUUUUUCUAUGGCUGCCAGUGAAAGAUAUCAUAGUUGAUGAUCCAAGAUCGGGGCUGAUAUUGUUUGACAUAGGUGUCGCUCACAAGCAACUUUCUUUGUCACUCUUUGAAGAUCCGCCGAGUUGUAAGCCUCAAGGUUUGGAAGAAUCAUGAGAAGAAGGAGAUCAAAGGUUUUGAGGUUAUGAGAUAGAGAGACGUAUGUCGAUCUGUUUCAAGUACUUUGUUUUGUUUAUGUUUUGUUUAUGCGAUGUAAUAACCUAAUGAUAGUUAUAUGCGUAGGUGGGAUUAGAUUAGAGGUUGAGUAAUAGUUUGUAAAGAUGUGAAUUCUGGAAUCAGAUGUCCCAAUCGAAUUAGGAGAGAGAUAAGUUCUAAUCUUCAAA